AGAUGAAAAUAAUAGCUAUUUUAAUAUUGGCAAGUCUUGGCUAUGUCCUAAGUGAAAGUUCUGACACUCUGAAGAGGGAAAAUCGACGGGACCUUCAAGACAUAUUAAACAAGUAUGGACACCUAUCUAAUGGAAAUGCAGAAUUCUCCGACUGGAUUGAGAAAGUCCAAGCUGCUAUCAAAAGAGAUUAUAUGAACCUUAGAGAGAAAGUGGACUUGGUGAUUGAGUUUAAGCGUUACGAUAGGGAACGUCAAGACCUCGAAGAUAAACUUGGUGAUCGUAGAUCCAAGGUCAAAAAUCUUAUUAUUGAUGGAAACGGAGGCCCGAAAUGUAUACAGUUUUACCAAAUGCAGUAUAGAAACCUUGAAAGAGCUUUCAAGUACUCAAAUGCUAUAAAACGGAAAAAAAUCAAAGAUAAUAGUGUACCAUGCCCAAGAAAUUUAAUGGUAAUUCAGGUCGAGGACGACGAUGAUUAUGACUAUUUAAACUAUUUUUAAGCAAACGAAAUAUUUGCAAAGAACGUA